AUGGAGGUGUCAUCUGCUCCGGCGCAGAGCCCUGUGGCUGCCGCAAACGGGUCUUCAGCUUUCCCAACGAUUGAACCCGAACGCGUGAUUGAGCACCUCGUCGCCGUUUGCCAGGUCGCCCUCGGAACUACCAGAGAUGAGCUUGAGCAGCCUGGAAAUUUGCUGCACAACAGCCGUUAUGCCGAAACCCUUUCUCGUUGCACCCGUUUUGCUAAUGAUACCCAGAACGUCCUCUAUAUCCAAAAAGACAUUGUACAUUCUUCAGUUGCCGACAACGGAACAGAGUCUCUUGUUGCCACCUCGUUUUGUUAUACCCUUUCGACGGAGAUUUCUUCGUCUGCCACAACGGUGGCAUCCCUCGUUUUGCUCAAGACGCCGCAGCCCAUCGAUCCUACUAGACCCCUGACGUCUCAAAUAUUCAUUACUAACUUACCUGGCCCUGCAUCCUUUGGCACCAGCGCCGGAGAACAAGGUGCCUCCCUUUCCCCAUGGGAGGUUCUUCAUUCUCAAGUCCAUUAUGCUCUAGUCCCCUAUUUUGAUGCAAAUACGAGGAGCCAGCAUCUCGCAAACGGAUCCAGGGGCCGCUCCGACGUCGAUGCCAAGACGGGCAUUCCGGUAACGAAGAAGAGACUGAACGAUCUCGAGCUGAGUCUCUUGCACUUGCAACAAAAUGUCGACAUUCCUGAGAUAUCGUUGGCGUUUCACUCCAUCGUUCAGAGUGUUCUUGACGAAUCUGAAGCACGGCAUACCAAGCCGUCGAUCGAGGCGAUCCCGCAGAAUCUGCUACAAGACAGUACCUUUCUCAACAGGUUGCAAGCCAACGUCAAUACUUGGAUAAAGUCAAUCCAGGGCAUUACCAAGAUGACCAAGGAUCCAUCGUCAAAUGCGAGCCAAGAAUUUAGCACUGCCAGUCAAGAAGUAAAUUUCUGGCUAUCCAUGGAAUCUGCUCUGGAAGGCAUCGAGGGCCAACUCCGAAGCGACGGCGUUCUCUUCACUCUCGAGAUUCUCAAACAUGCGAAGCGAUUCCAGGCCACUGUCAGUUUCACCGCCGAUACGGGAUUGAAGGAGGCAAUGGAAAAAGUACAAAAGUACAACCAGCUUAUGCGAGACUUUCCUUUGGAUGAGCUUCUGUCGGCCACUUCGUUACCCAAGGUUCAAGAGGCCAUCUCCCAAAUUUUUGGCCAUUUGAACAAAAAGUUAAGGAUCUGCCCCUAUCCCAUUCGACGAGCUCUCCCUCUUGUGGAAGCCAUUUCCGCCGACCUCGACGAUGUGCUGCACCGACUGCUGCCCGGCACAGAGUUGGUGAACCUCGAUUACCAACAAUUUCAAGCCCUGACGAACACCUGUGAUGGCAUAUUUCGUGCCUGGGAGGAAAAUGUCAAAGAGUUCACCAACGUGGCUCGCGAAGUCACUCGUCGCAGGAACGAGAAAUUUAUCCCCAUCAAGAUCAACAAGAAGCAUUCCGAACUCGAAUCCCGCAUCAAAUACGUUGGUACCUUCCGCGAUAACCACGAGCAGUUGCAAAGAACGAUUGUCAACGUUCUUGGACCAAAAGCCACUAUUCCUGGAGUAACGGAGAUGAACGGAAAUAAUGGCGUACUCGUGGAAGAAAUUGGCGACGUCGACGCAGUUGAGGAGGUCAAGCAGGCUUGGGAAGCCUUGCUAAAUGUGGAUUUGCUCGACGUCACUGAGCAUGGUAAAGAGCGAUGGGUACGAGCAGAGAAUUUGUACAAUGAGCGGACUACGCGAGUAGAGAAUUCCAUCAUUGCCCGGCUACGAGACCGUCUUGCCACCGCAAAAACCGCCAACGAAAUGUUUCGAGUCUUUUCCAAGUUCAAUGCCCUCUUCGUGCGCCCGAAAAUACGUGGUGCCAUCCAGGAAUAUCAGAACCAGCUUAUGGAUCAUGUCAAGCAAGCGAUCAAUGGUCUCCACGAGCGAUUCAAGCAGCAAUACGGCCACUCCGAAGCUCAUGCCAUGGCUCAACUUCGCGAUAUCCCGCCUGUUUCUGGAGCAAUCAUUUGGGCUCGUCAAAUCGAACUACAGCUGGACGGCUACAUGCGAAAGGUCGAGGCUGUCCUCGGCCCUGAUUGGACUCUUCAUGCUGAAGGUCACAAGUUGCAAGAAGAGAGCGAGUUAUUCAAGCAUAAGCUCGACACCGGUAGGAUUUAUGAAGCUUGGCUUACUGAUGUCAGCCGGCGGAAGAUAUCGAUAUCUGGCCAAUUGUUCGAAAUUGCUCGCGUUCGCUCCGCUGGAGGUAUUCUUGAACUUGCCGUCAACUUUGACCCGCAAAUAAUCACUCUCUUCAAAGAAACCAGGAACUUGACAUGGCAAUCCUACUCUGUGCCACAUGCUGUUGCCACCGUUUCCAAAGACGCCAAAAGGGUAUACCCCUAUGCCGUCAGCUUGAUGGAAAGCGUCAGGACAUUGUCUCAGACCUUGCGGCAAACCUCCGCAAUGGGCGAAGAAUCAGUGCUGCUCAACGGCUAUCGCAACGAUGUUUAUAAGCUUAUCGGCGAGGGCGUUCCCUUGCGUUGGGAAUCCUUCAUCAACUCGCAUGAGCUGUUUUACGCUGAGCAGCGGCAGACGCGUCCCAUACUUCCCGGUGGUCCGGAAUUCGCGCUUUCCAAGAACAACGAAAGCAAGCACGGCAUGUUUAUUCGGACAUUUGCGGCUGCAGUGUCAGUUCUGCAGAGCAAAGCUGUGGCACUCAGCCACAUUCAUGUCACGAUCGAGCAAGCUCUCAAGGAAAUUGGUAGCUGCACAUAUGAGCCAUCUUCGUUUCAGUCCCGACUCAGUACCAUUCAAGCCGCGGUGGACCAGUUGAACUUGGAGCAGUAUGUCAACCUGGACUUUUGGGUGCGAGACUUGAACCAAAAGAUCCGCUCGCUCCUGCUGGGCCGCCUGUGUGAUGCUAUCAAUGCUUGGGUAAAAGCAUUUGAGGAUGAAACCGCGGUCGAUUUCCGACGUAAAAAGGCAACAGAGGAAGAGGUUAAGCCAGAUGGCCCAACUAUAAAGCGACUUGUCCUCGAGUUGGCUAUGCGCAAUCAAGUAAUUUAUCUCGACCCGCCGUUGGAAUUCGCCAGAGCCAGCUGGUUUCUGCAAUUACAUGAUUGGCUGGGCAUUGUAUGCAACCAACAAAAGAUUAAAGCUGCCCGCUAUCAAAUGACGCUCAGCACGACUUCGCUUGACGAGCCUCGAUUUACCGACUUACCGACUCAGUGCGCCGACAUGCUGCACCGUGUUCACGUGUCUGUCGAGAAGAAACUCGAAGAGAUUGGCGCAUAUGUAGAUAAAUGGCUUCAAUUCCAGUCGCUCUGGGAUCUCCAGUCUGAGCAGGUGUACGACAUGCUUGGGGACCAUCUACCGCGCUGGCUUGAGUGUCUGCAGGACAUCCGUAAAGUUCGUACAACCUUUGACACACAAGAAGUAAGCCGGUCUUUUGGUCAUGUCACAGUGGACUACGAUCAGGUGCAGACCAAGGUAAACGCAAAAUACGAUCAAUGGCAACACGAAAUCUUGAUCAAGUUUGCCAGCAGGCUCGGAAAUCGGAUGCGUGAUGUCAACGCCGAAAUCGAAAGGGCCCGCAAGCAGCUCGAGGGCCAGAGUACCGACACCUCCUCAACCGCCCAGACAGUGCAGUUCAUCACCGCCGUGCAGAGCUGCAAGCGGAAUGUCAAGUUAUGGGCUCCCGAGAUUGACUUGUUUAGACAGGGUCAGUCCACGUUGGUCCGACAACGAUACCGUUUCCCCAACGACUGGCUUCACAUUGAGCAAAUCGAUAGUCAAUGGGAGUCGCUGAGAGAGAUACUGGAGAAGAAGUCACGUAUCAUGGAAGAACAAUCUGACGCUAUGCGAGCCAAUAUUAUCGCACAGGACAAGCUUGUCAAUGAGCGUAUCGUCGAAACCAUCACACAGUGGAAUGAAGAGAAACCUGUCUCUGGUACCAUUCAACCUGAUGUUGCCUCGGCCACUUUGACCGUCUUCGAAACUCGCAUCGCUAGCUUACAGGAUGAUUUCCAGCAAGUGGCGAAAGCAAAGGAAGCUCUCGACAUACCUACUGGCGGCGAUAGCACACUCGAUGCCACAUUGGAAGAAGUCCGCGAUUUCCAGUCUGUUUGGUCUAAUUUGUCCACCAUCUGGUCGAGUCUUAAUGAAACUCGCGAGACUCUUUGGACUGCUGUUCAGCCCCGUAAGAUUCGAUCCAAGGUCGACGACCUCAUCAAAAGCACCAAGGAGAUGCCCAGCAGAAUGAGACAGUAUGCAGCCUUUGAGCAUGUUCAGUCUGUGUUACGUGGCUUCCUCAAGGUUAAUCCCACCCUGUCCGAUUUGAAGUCGGAUGCAAUCCGUGAACGUCACUGGGUCAAAAUCUACAAGAAAAUAAAGCCUCAGAAACGCUUCUCACCGAGCUCCAUGACUUUGGGUGAUGUCUGGGAUCUCAAUCUUGUCGCUACGGAAGCCAUUGUCAAGGAUAUUAUUGCCCAAGCCCAGGGCGAGAUGGCACUUGAAGAGUUUUUAAAGCAAGUUCGUGAGACAUGGCAGAAUUAUGCUUUGGAAAUGGUCAACUACCAGAACAAGUGCCGCCUGAUACGCGGGUGGGAUGACCUUUUCGCCAAAUGUAGUGAAAACCUUAACUCGCUGCAAGCCAUGAAGCAUUCGCCAUACUACAAAGAGUUUGAAGAAGAGGCAGUCUCGUGGGAAGACAAGUUGAAUCGCGUUCACGUUCUCUUCGAUGUCUGGAUCGAUGUUCAACGUCAGUGGGUCUAUCUAGAAGGUGUUUUCACGGGCAACGCAGACAUUAAGCACCUUCUUCCCAUUGAAUCUGGUCGGUUCCAGAACAUCAACAGCGAGUUCUUGGCGGUCAUGAAGAAGGCUAAUAAGACGCCGUAUGUCUUGGAUGUUCUGAACAUUCCCAAUGUACAGAAAUCAUUGGAACGGUUGGCGGAAAUGCUGAACAAGAUCCAGAAAGCCUUGGGCGAAUAUCUGGAAAAGGAGAGGGUUUCCUUCCCAAGGUUUUAUUUUGUCGGCGACGAGGAUCUUUUAGAAAUGAUUGGCAAUAGCAACGACACACUCCGUAUUGCUAAGCAUUUCAAGAAGAUGUUUGCUGGGUUGUCGGGACUAGUCAUGGACGAUGAAACUGUCAUUUCCGGGUUUACGUCGAAAGAGGGAGAGGUAGUUCAGCUGAAGAAGGAGGUUUCUCUGGCAAAGACGCCUCGCAUCAACGACUGGUUGGCAUUACUUGAGGGCGGCAUGAAAGCCACCCUAGCCGAACUGCUGGCCGAAGCCGUAGACCAGUACACCCCCAUUUUGGAGUCCGAGAUCAUUGACAGUGCCUCUCUGAACCUUUUCAUGGAAGCAUUCCCCAGUCAGAUCGUUGUUCUCGCCACACAGGUGGCAUGGACGACUGCUGUUGAAGAGUCGCUGGCUGCUGGUGGACAGACUCUGCAAACUCUGUUCGAAAGAGAAGUGCAGGUGCUUCGUGCGCUUGCAGAGACCGUUUUAGGCGAUCUCGGAGUUAUUCAGCGAAAGAAGUGCGAGCAAAUGAUCACCGAAUGCGUCCACCAGCGGGAUGUUAUUGAAAAGCUCAUCAAGAACAAUGCGAAUUCCAAUGGUCAUUAUCUCUGGCAGCUGCAAAUGAGAUAUGUUUAUGCUCCUGAAAAACCGUUUCUCGACCGUCUUCACGUCAAGAUGGCCAAUGCCAGACUCAAUUACGGUUUUGAGUAUCUUGGUGUUCCCGAUCGCCUGGUUCGGACGCCUCUUACUGAUCGCUGCUUCCUCACACUCACCCAGGCUCUAUGCCAGCGCCUGGGUGGUUCGCCGUAUGGCCCUGCAGGUACGGGGAAAACAGAAUCUGUCAAAGCGCUGGGUGUCCAGCUGGGUAGAUUCACCCUCGUGUUUUGCUGUGAUGACACCUUUGACUUCCAGGCCAUGGGCAGAAUCUUUCUGGGCAUUUGCCAGGUCGGAGCCUGGGGCUGUUUUGAUGAGUUCAAUCGACUUGAAGAAAGAAUUCUCUCCGCCGUCUCGCAGCAGAUCCAGAACAUCCAGCUUGGACUCAAACAAGGGGCCGAGAAUCACACAUCCCAGAUUGAGCUUGUUGGUCGACAGCUGAGCGUCAACCAAAAUACAGGAAUCUUCAUCACUAUGAACCCUGGUUAUGCUGGGCGAUCCAACCUGCCCGACAACUUGAAAAAACUGUUCCGCAGUGUGGCAAUGUCCAAGCCAGACAAGGAGCUGAUUGCCGAGGUCAUGCUUUACUCACAAGGUUUCAAUCAGGCUAAGCAGCUGUCCAAACAAACAGUGCCAUUCUUUGACGAAUGCUCGCGCAAGCUAUCGAAACAGGCACACUAUGACUUUGGUUUACGUGCUUUGAAGAGUGUCCUGGUCAGCUCCGGUGGGCUAAAGCGGACUCGCUUAAACGAUAGCAACCUUGGUGUCGGGGAAAUCGUCGAGCCCGAAAUCAUAGUCCAAAGCAUCCGAGAAACGAUUGCUCCCAAGCUCAUCAAAUCUGAUGUUGAUAUAUUGACCAGUAUUGAAAAGGACUGCUUCCCCGGUGUUAAUUAUGUUUCUGCCAACCUUGAGGAGCUGGAAGAAGCUAUUCGAACCAUUGCCGAUGAGCGUCACCUCGUUGUGACUGAGCUUUGGAUGACGAAAGUACUGCAACUGUACCAGAUUCAAAAGAUUCAUCACGGUGUGAUGAUGGUUGGUAACUCGGGUACCGGAAAAUCCACCGCCUGGAGAUUACUGAUUGAUGCACUUCAAAAGGUGGAAGGAGUAGAGGGCAUGUCUCACGUCAUCGAUUCAAAAGUGAUGUCAAAGGAAGCCUUGUAUGGGAACUUGGACGCCACCACUCGCGAGUGGACUGACGGCUUGUUCACCAGCAUCUUACGGAAAAUUGUUGACAAUCUUCGUGGCGAGGAUUCUAAGCGGCACUGGAUUGUCUUCGACGGCGACGUGGAUCCUGAGUGGGUCGAGAACCUGAACAGUGUUUUGGACGACAACAAACUCCUCACGCUGCCCAACGGCGAACGUCUCAACUUGCCACCCAAUGUCCGCAUUAUGUUCGAGGUUGAGACCUUGAAGUAUGCCACACUGGCUACUGUUAGCCGAUGCGGUAUGGUGUGGUUCAGCGAGGAUACUGUCACACCAGAUAUGAUGGUGGCAAACUAUCUCGAGAGGCUCCGCAGUGUUCCCUUUGAGGAUUUGGACGAGGACAGCGUCGCCACUGGCCAGACUCCCGCCAAGGUGCUGGUUGUCCAAGGCGAGGUGGCUAAUCUGUUGAAAACUUACAUGUCAUCUGGAAACUUCCUUCUCCAAGCGCUUGAACAAGCAGAGAAGUAUAGCCAUAUAAUGGAGUUUACCGUUGCCCGGGUGCUCAACACGCUCUUUUCAUUGCUCAACAAGGCUGUUCGGGAUGCCAUUGAAUACAACGGCCGGCACUCGGACUUUCCGCUCGAGGCCGAGCAAAUCGAAGCCUUCAUCUCGAAAAAGCUGUUGCUAGCCCUAGUCUGGGCUCUCACUGGCGACUGCCCUCUAACUGAUCGAAAAUCUUUUGGUGAUGAUCUUUGUGCCUUUGCCAGCUUUGGCUCUCCGCCUUUGGACGGCAGCAGCUCUUUGAUCGACUUUGACGUCAGCCUCCCCAAAGCCGAAUGGUCCUCGUGGCAGAAUCACGUACCGAAUAUUGAAGUCAACACUCACUCGAUCAUUCAGACAGACGUCGUAAUCCCGACAUUGGAUACCGUGCGACACGAAGAUGUGCUCUACUCGUGGCUUGCUGAGCAUAAGCCUCUGCUGCUUUGCGGUCCUCCCGGAUCCGGCAAAACCAUGACCUUGUUUAGUGCUCUCAGGAAACUCCCCAACAUGGAAGUUGUUGGUCUCAACUUUUCUAGCGCCACUACGCCCGACCUACUUAUCAAGACCUUUGAGCAGUACUGCGAGUACAAGAAGACGUUGAAUGGGGUGAUGCUUUCUCCGACUCAAAUUGGACGGUGGCUUGUGGUCUUUUGUGAUGAAAUCAACCUGCCUGCCCCUGACAAUUAUGGUACUCAGCGUGCAAUCUCAUUUUUGCGUCAACUUGUGGAGCACAACGGUUUCUGGCGGACAUCCGACAAGUCGUGGGUGACUCUGGACCGUAUUCAGUUUGUGGGUGCCUGUAACCCGCCGACAGACGCUGGCCGUACGCCUCUGGGCGCAAGGUUUCUUCGCCACGCUCCUCUAAUCAUGGUUGAUUACCCCGGAGAGCUGUCCCUCAAUCAAAUCUACGGCACGUUCAACUCGGCUGUUCUCAAAAUCAUCCCGUCGCUUCGUGGUUAUGCCGAGGCGCUGACUCAGGCCAUGGUUCGUUUCUAUCUUGAAUCUCAGCAAAGAUUCACACCCAAGAUCCAGCCUCACUACGUCUACAGUCCUCGUGAACUCACACGCUGGGUCCGCGGAGUCUAUGAAGCUAUCAAACCACUGGAGAGCCUGUCAAUUGAAGGAUUAAUCCGUAUAUGGGCGCACGAGGCUCUCCGCCUCUUCCAGGACCGCUUGGUUGCCGAGGACGAGAAACAAUGGACUGACGAAGCGGUUCGGCGAAUCGCGUUGGAGCACUUUCCAAACAUUGACGAAGCGAAAGCUCUGGGCGGCCCUAUUCUCUUUUCCAAUUGGUUAUCGAAGAACUACGUUCCUGUCGACCGCGAAGAGCUUCGUGAAUUCGUCAAAGCACGACUCAAGACCUUCUGCGAAGAGGAAGUUGACGUCCCUCUCAUUCUGUUUAACGACGUUUUGGAGCACGUGCUCCGAAUCGAUCGUGUUUUCAGGCAACCGCAAGGUCAUCUUAUUCUCAUUGGUGUAAGUGGAAGUGGUAAGACUACCCUUUCGCGGUUCGUCGCUUGGAUGAAUGGUCUCAAGGUCUUUCAGAUCAAGGUCCACGGCAAGUAUUCGGGUGAAGACUUUGAUGAAGAUCUCCGUGAUGUGUUGCGACGGUGCGGUUGCAAAGGCGAAAAAAUCUGCUUCAUCAUGGAUGAGGCCAACGUUUUGGAUUCCGGCUUCCUCGAGCGGAUGAACACCUUGCUCGCCAACGCAGAAGUUCCAGGCUUGUUCGAGGGCGAUGAAUAUGCUGCUCUCAUGACUGCUUGCAAAGAGGGAGCCCAGCGCCAAAACUUGCACCUGGAUUCCCCAGAAGAGCUCUUCAAAUGGUUCACUCAGCAAAUCGUCAACAACCUUCAUGUUGUGUUUACCAUGAACCCGCCGGAGGACGGGCUCUCAUCCAAGGUUGCCACCAGCCCUGCCUUGUUCAACCGAUGUGUGCUCAACUGGUUUGGCGACUGGUCAGACCAGGCUCUGUUCCAGGUCGGUCGCGAGCUUACUCAGUCGGUUGACCUCGACCGUAGCACCUUCCAGGCGCCUGAUACUAUCCCGGUCGCUUUUCGAGGUCUCGCCUUGCCUCCAUCCCAUCGGGAAGCGGUCGUCAACUCCAUGGUUUACAUCCAUUACUCACUCCAGAGGUACAAUGAGAAGCUGUACAAGCAGCAGAAGAAGGUUACCUUCCUGACCCCUCGACAUUUCCUCGACUUUGUCGGGCAGUACGUCAAGUUGUACAAUGAGAAGCGCGAAGAUCUGGAAGAACAACAGCGCCACUUGAAUGUGGGUCUCGAGAAGCUCCGUGACACGGUGGAUAAAGUGCGUGACCUCCGCGUCAGCCUCGCUGAGAAGAAGACGCAACUGGAGCAAAAGGACGCCGAAGCAAACGAGAAGCUCCAGCGCAUGGUAGCUGACCAGCGUGAGGCCGAGCAGAGGAAGAAUACCUCUCUGGAAAUCCAGGCUGCUCUGGAGAAGCAAGAGGCGGAGGUAGCAAAAAGAAGAAAGGUCGUGUUGGAAGACUUGGCCAAAGCCGAGCCCGCUGUCGAGGAAGCCAAGGCAAGUGUCAGCAACAUCAAGAGGCAGCACCUGACAGAAGUGCGAUCCAUGGGCAACCCGCCUUCGGGCGUCAGGCUUGCUCUGGACGCUGUUUGCACUCUUCUCGGUCACCGGAUCAACGACUGGAAAGCAGUGCAAGCUGUUGUGCGCAAAGAUGACUUCAUUGCCAGCAUCAUCAUGUUCGACAAUGGGAAGCUGAUGACGAAACCACUGCGGAGCAAGAUGCGAAACGAUUUCUUGUCCAAUCCCGAAUUCACGUUUGAAAAGGUGAACAGAGCCUCCAAGGCAUGCGGACCACUUGUUCAAUGGGUCGCGGCUCAGGUAAAUUACUCGGAUAUCUUAGACCGGGUCGGUCCCCUUAAAGAGGAAGUUGCCCAGCUUGAAGAGCAAGCCCUGCAGACCAAGGCGGAAGCAAAAGCGGUUGAGAACAAUAUUGCCGAGCUCGAGUUCAGCAUCAACAGGUACACGACUGAGUAUGCCGCGCUCAUCAGCGAAACCCAGGCCAUCAAAGCUGAAAUGUCCAAAGUCCAGUUCAAGGUUGAUCGGAGUGUUCGCUUACUGGACAGCCUUUCCUCCGAGAGAGUCCGUUGGGAAGAGGGCAGCAAGUCUUUUGAGACGCAGAUCAGCACUCUUGUCGGCGACGUCCUCGUGGCUUCUGCUUUCCUGGCUUAUAGUGGCUUGUACGAUCAAACGUUUCGAAAGUCCAUGAUGGACGAAUGGUGUCACCAGCUUCACCUCUCGGGAAUCGAGUACAAGUCGCCUAAUCCAGUGACCGAAUACCUCUCGACUGCAGACGAGCGACUCGGCUGGCAAGUAAACACGCUGCCGGUAGAUGAACUGUGCACGGAGAACGCCAUCAUACUCAAACGAUUCAAUCGCUAUCCGCUCAUUAUCGACCCGUCGGGACGGGUCACAGAAUUCUUGCAACGAGAAUGCAAGGAGAGAAAACUGACAGUGACUAGUUUCUUGGAUGAUAGCUUCACCAAGCAGCUGGAGAGCUCACUGCGAUUUGGCAACCCCAUCCUCAUCCAGGACGCGGAACACUUGGACCCAAUUCUGAAUCAUGUGCUGAACAAGGAAUACCAAAGGACCGGCGGCCGCGUGCUCAUCCAGCUUGGCAAGCAGGAAAUUGAUUUUUCACCGGCAUUCAGGAUCUACCUUUCGACACGUGAUCCGUCAGCGCAGUUUGCUCCCGACAUUUGUAGCCGGACGACGUUUGUUAACUUUACGGUCACCAAGAGCUCGCUGCAAACACAGUCACUGAACGACGUGCUGAAGUCCGAGCGACCCGAUGUUGACGAGAGACGUACCAACCUCAUCAAACUUCAAGGCGAAUUCAAGAUUCAUCUACGUCAGCUGGAGAAGCAGCUUCUGCAAGCGCUCAACGAGUCGCGUGGCAACAUUCUCGACGAUGACAACGUGAUAGAGACACUGGAGCGGCUCAAGACGGAAGCAGCCGAGAUUUCGGCCAAGAUGAGCAACACGGAGGGUGUCAUGGCCGAGGUGGAGGAAAUCACGCAGCAGUACGGCGUCAUUGCCAGCUCCUGCAGCGCGGUAUUUGCUGUGCUGGACCAGCUUCACUUCCUCAACCAUUUCUACCAGUUCUCGCUGCAAUACUUCUUGGACAUCUUCCACCUGGUUCUCCACGGCAACAAGAGCUUGGCCAACGAGACAAAUCACAACGCCCGCCGUGACAUCAUCGUCAGGGACCUGUUCGUCAACACCUUUCAACGGACGGCUCUUGGCUUGCUUCAGAAAGACCGAAUCACGCUUGGAAUGCUCCUGGCCCAGGCGUCUCCUUUCCCGAUGGACAAGUCGCUCAUUGACAUUGUGUUGGAUAAGCGCAUCGACGGCAAAGACUUGUCUUCCACUCCUGAGCUGAGGAACGAAGCCUUUGGCGAGGCCAAGAAGUUGAGGGUUUUGAAGGAGCAGAUGGACGGCGUGGCCACAAGCGACUGGGACAGGUUCUUUUCCGAGGAGCUGGCGGAGACGGUAGUACCGCGGGUGUGGGCGGACGGCACGAGCCCGGUCGAUCAGAGCCUGCUGUCGCUGCUGCUCGUCAAGCUCUUCCGCAUGGACAGAUUCGUACCCGCCGCUGAGCGCUUCGUCGGACGGGUAUUCGGCAGGGAGAUUUUUGACGUUGUCGACGACCUGCAAGCGACCGUGACCCAGGUGUCUGCCACGCUGCCCGUCGCGCUGGUGUCCAGCCCUGGCUUCGAUGCUAGCUACAAGGUGGACAAUCUGGUGGAGAGGAUGAAGGUCAAGUGCACCAACAUUGCAAUGGGAUCCAACGAAGGCGUGGCCAGCGCCGACAAGGCCAUUAGCAACGCGGCCCAAAACGGAUCCUGGGUGUUGGUCAAGAACGUCCAUUUGGCGCCGACCUGGCUUCAGAGCCUCGAGAAGCGGAUGGAGGCGCUCAACCCUCAAAAGGACUUUAGGCUGUUCCUGUCGAUGGAAUCAAGCCCCAAGAUUCCCGUCAACCUGUUGCGCGCAUCUCGCGUGCUCAUGUACGAGCAGCCUGCCGGCGUGCGAGCGAACAUGAAGGACUCGAUGUCCUCGCUUUCCACUCGAGCUACCAAGAGUCCCGUCGAAAGGACGCGACUGUACCUGCUCAUCUCGUUUUUGCACGCCGUUGCUCAGGAACGGUUACGAUACGCACCGACGCUAGGAUGGAAGGGCUUCUGGGAAUUCAAUGACAGCGACUACGAAUGUUCGGCAUUCAUUGUCGACACGUGGCUGGAUGGCGUGGCUGGCAACAGAACCAACAUAGCGCCGCAAAACAUACCGUGGGAGAUGAUACGCUAUCUGGUGACGGAGACGUAUGGCGGAAAAAUCGACGACGAAGGCGACUUCAAGCUGCUCGGCCAAUUGGUCACCUCUCUGCUCACGCCCGAUGCGUACGAGGUUGAGCACAAGCUGGUCGACGGCCCAGAUGGCGGCCUGCUUGUUCCUUCAGGAACGAGCCUGGAAGAGUUUAGGGCAUGGAUCCACAAGCUGCCAGAACGCGAACCGCCGACGUACCUGGGCCUGCCAGCCAAUGCGGAGAAGCUGCUCCUCGUGGGCUUGGGGCGCAGCUUGGUGAGGGAUUUGAGACGGGUGACGGAGCUGCUUGAUCAGGGGGAGAAUCUGGUGACGGACCCUUGA